UUCGAUUGUUACCAAAUUAAAAAUAGGGGAAGAUAACAGAUCCAUCAAAGAAGCUACGACUGUACUGUGAGAGUCGGGAGAUAUCACGGCAACACGAAGCAUCUGGGGCAACAAAAAUUUAGAGGUCCGAAUCAGAUCAUUGUCUUUUUCAUUCCAUCGGGACAAAAGAAGAAGAUAGAAUAACUAGAAUGGUCUACCUGAAUUUGAUCGGGCGCUCGUCUUCCAGGCUGAUCUCCGCUCGAGCAUGCCGGCAGAGACCGCAGUCCUUGCUGCUGUCGUCCACAACAACGCCAGCAUCCUCCUCGGUUUUACCUGUGGGUUCGUCUCCGUGGAAUUGCACCGAUGGGAGCCACCAAACCACCAAUACGAUCAAUGCCAUGGCCGUUCGAUCGAAGCACUCGUCGACACAGAUCAAGAGACUCUUCAAACAGAACCCCGCCAAACGCCGAAUCGCUCUCCGAGACAAACGGGCGAACGCGGCGGCUGGAGUAGUAGACGACAACGACGAAGGAAUCAUUCCAGAGGCGACCCUUUCACCCAUAGUUCCGGAACCAACCAUUUUUAGGAACGGAUGGAACCCCCCCUCCGWAAAUAGACCGGAGUACCCAUUUCUUGUCUCCCGAACAAAAAACAAACCGAACGAUGCGGUUGGCUUUCUUCCCGUUUACUCGGAAUUUCGGUGAGUAUCGAAUCGAUUCGGCAGUGUCCUAUCCUGUCCCAUCCUUCCGUGAUGCAUGCAAUAAAUGAUCUUGUUGUUGCUGUGUUUUUCUUUUUUUGAUGGAUCGAUAGGCACACGUUGUUCUUCUUUGAUGUUGUUUUUAGAAUCGGUUUUUUGACAUAUGUGGACGAUGAUUUCUAGAUUGCACGAAGCACCAUCAUGAUAAAGUAAAUCGAAUCUAACCGCAGACAUCCUCUCACCCUGAUUCUGGUCUUGCUUUUGAUCCGGUCCAACCAACCAUACCAACGGUACGAACAAACAAACAACAACAGAAAGGAUGGCGCUCGGGUGACGACCCGGAUCAAAAAAGUCUCGGGUGAUCGGGAACUGUUCCUUAACGAGUUGAGGGCAGCCCUGCAGAUCCCCGUUCCAAAAAAUCCUAGAGAGGAUAACAUCCGUAUCCGCACCGGCGGGACCAUCGAAGUAAAGGGAAACCGCGUGAUGGAAGUCAAAACAUGGCUGGCCGGCCUUGGAUUCUAGAGAGCAUUGUGCAUGGGUGCUGUGACGMUAUUUUCUAGAUCGGAGAGCACUUUCGGAUUGAAAAAGGCACUGGGACCAAAUUGCUCCUCUCACUCGUUCGUUGGUUAGUUCGUUGGGCAGCCUGGAUUGAUGUCACGGUGCACGACGCGACGUAACAGCUCUAAAUUUCGAUUUGGUUUACAUGCAAACGGAUGUAGAUUCAAAUGAUUUCAGAGCCUCGAUCGCUCCCACACACGAGCAAUCCAGGCUUUCUCCAUUCAACUCGCCUUUGACUUUCGUGUUUGUCGUACAGUACAAAGAAGCAACACGGCACAGUUUCUUGUCUAACAUAGUAUUAUUAGCUACUGCACCCGCCCUUAUCAACAUGAGUAAAUGAUUAAGCUGUUU